GUUCAACCAGUGUUGAGUUUAGAGGGUCUCUCUCCACCGGGGUGACAAGUCUGACCACAGGAGCAGCCGAGAGGAAGUACCUGCCGUUUAAAGAAGAACAACAAAUUACUAAUAAUAAUAAUAAUACAAAUUUCAACAACAAAAAAAUCGACACUUUUCAUCGUUUUCACCGCUGGAUACGGAACUCUACCUGGGGGCUUGGAUUAACUUUAUAAAAACACACUUCUUCUUCUUCUUCUUCUUUCUUUUUAAAAAAAAAGUUUUUCCUUUUUUAAUUUGCUUUUUGGAAGACAAACACACCUACACACACACACACACACCUACACGCACGCGCACACACACACACGCGCGCGCACAAACAAAGUCAUCGAAGACAAUGGGAUCCCAGGCAUCCAAGGGAGACGUGGCCGCGGAGGCGAGCGCCGCCACCGCCGAUGCUGCAGCUGUCAAAACCAACGGACAGGAGAACGGACACGUUAAAACCAACGGGGACGUGUCCACAAAGCCCGAUGCGGACGCCGCCGCCGCCACCAACGGCUCGGCGGACGCGGCCAAGGAGCCCGAAGCCGCCGCCGGAGGAGACGCCAUCGAGCCGGCGCCCGCCGCCGACGGAGAGGCGGCCAAACCCGAGGGCGAGGCCGCGACCAAGGAGACCCCCAAGAAGAAGAAGAAGAAGUUCUCCCUGAAGAAGUCCUUCAACUUCAAACUGAACCUGAAGAAGAGCAAGAAGAGCGAGGCGGUCAAGGAGGAGGAGGUCAAGGAGGCCGCCGCCGCCGCCACCGCCUCCGCCGCCGCCACCCCCUCUGAGGAGAAACCCGCCGAGAACGGAGCCGCCGCUCCGGCGGAGGAGAAGAAGGAGGAGAAGAAAGAGGAGAAGAAAGAGGAGAAGAAAGAGGAGGCGAAGGAGGAGGCCGCCGCCGCCGCCGAGGCUCCGAAGGCGGAGGAGGGGCCGGCUAAAGAGGAGGCCCCCAAGGAGGAGGCCAAGGAGGCCGCCGCCCCGGCCCCCGAGGCCACGAAACCCACAGAGGAGAGCAGCUCGACCCCGGCUCCCUCUGAAAAGAAGGAGUGAUUGUACCUGGAAGCUCACAAUGAACUGGGUGAACUGUUUUUCAAGAGAGAAAGAGAGAAUUUAAGAGUAUAUAUAUAUAUAUAUUUAUAUAUAUGUGUGUAUAUGUAUACAUAUGUAUGUGGAUAUAUGUAUAUGUAAAUAUAUACACAUGUAUGUGAGAGACUCCUUCGACGUGCCACUUUUUUUUCGUCAUGAUAACAAGACGACAGACUAGAUUCACUAGAUCACUGCCCCCGGUCCCCCACCCCCCCCCCCCCCUCCCUCUGCUCGACAUCUGGACCCGGACUGAGUUUUUAGGCUGCGGGCCGGGUCGCUGGGUGGAGAAAAUUGGAUUUUAAUGGCUAGAGCGCGAGCUAAUGACACCGCGAAGUAUAGAUGGAGGAUGGAUGGAGUCGUCCCCCCCCCCCCUCCCCCCCCGUAUAAAAUCUGCAAAUCAAGAUGCCUCCUCGCUGAGGAAACGAAGCUAGAUACUAGGACACCACCACCACUUGAAAAAGACUGUUGAAUAGAGCGACGACAAAAAAAAAAUGAAAUCUGAAAAUUAAAAGAGAACUCGCCAACUUUUUACAUUCCUAUAUUUUAACCCAAAUUUACAAGUAUUUUGUGGUGUAUUAUAGAGAAGCAUCUUAAAAGACUCAGAGACGCUAUUACUCGUUUGUUUUAAGGAAGAAAUACAUUUUAAAAAAAACUACAAAAAAAAAAUAAAAGAACAGACGACUUUUGAUUUUUACCUUACUAUGGAAGAAUACAAAAAAAAUUAAAAAAAGAACACUUUAAAGCUUGCUAUGUUCACUGUCAGCGGUUUGAUAUGAAGCAGAGUUGUUUAUCUGUCGUAUGUGAGCCUAAAUCUGCUUUGUCUCUGUAAAUACAUUGGAUUGAUUUCUGUUCUUUAUUUUGCUAAUGUUGACAGAUGUUUCUGGUUUUAUUGUAAAGUUGAUAAUGGUAAAUAAAUGUUGGUUACCGGGCCCGUU